AUGUGUGGAAUCUUCGCCUGUCACCGUCAUCCCGACGUGGAAAAGUUCAAGCCUACGGCUCUGAAGCUCGCAAAGCAAAUUCGUCACCGUGGCCCAGACUGGAGUGGAAGCGUUAUUUCCAACCACACCAUUCUCUGCCAUGAGCGUCUCAGUAUCGUCGGUGUUGAGUCCGGAGCCCAGCCCCUGACCAACGCUGACGACAGCAUCAUUCUCGCCGUCAACGGUGAGAUCUACAACCAUCGUCACAUUCGAAAGCACCUCAAGGAGCGAUACCACUUCAAGACCACUUCUGAUUGUGAGGUCAUCAUCCCUUUGUACACCGAAUUUGACACCGAUGCCCCUAACCAUCUCGACGGUAUGUUCUCCUUUGUCCUCUACGACAAGAAGCAAGACCGCACAAUUGCCGCCCGCGACCCUAUCGGUAUUACCACUUUUUACCAGGGCUGGUCCUCCACUGAGCCUGGAACCGUCUACUUCGCCUCCGAGUUGAAGUGCCUGCACACCGUUUGCGACAAGAUUGUCGCUUUCCCCCCCGGUCAUGUCUACGACUCCAAGACUGGCGAGACCACUCGCUACUUCAACCCUUCUUGGUGGGACCCCAAGAAGGUUCCCAGCAACCCUGUCGACUACAAGGUCCUUCGACAGGCUCUUGAGAAGUCCGUCCGAAAGCGACUCAUGGCUGAGGUGCCAUUCGGUGUUCUACUUUCCGGUGGUCUUGAUUCGAGUUUGACUGCCUCCAUCGCCCAGCGUGAGGUGACCCGACUCCGAAAACAGGCUCUCGAGGCCAACGGCAACGUUCUCCCCGUCGAGGACCCUGACACAGGCGAGGGUCUCGUUGGUGUCGACGAUGACGAUCACCUCGACACUCUUACCUACCUUCCCCAGCUCAACUCUUUCUCUAUCGGUCUUCCAGGCUCUCCCGACAACAAGGCCGCUCUUGAGGUCGCCAAGUUCCUCGGAACCAAGCACCAUGUCAUGACCUUUACCAUCGAGGAUGGUCUUAAUGCCCUUUCUGACGUUAUCUUCCACCUCGAGACUUACGACGUCACCACCAUCCGAGCCUCUACCCCUAUGUACCUCUUGUCAAGAAAGAUCAAGGCUAUGGGUAUCAAGAUGGUUCUGAGUGGCGAGGGUAGCGAUGAGAUCUUUGGCGGUUAUCUGUACUUCCACGCUGCUCCCGAUAAGGAGUCUUUCCACGAGGAAACUGUGCGACGUGUCAAGAACUUGCAUCUGUCUGAUUGUCUGCGAGCCAACAAGUCCACAUCUGCUUGGGGUCUUGAGGCUCGUGUUCCUUUCCUUGACAAAGAGUUCCUCGAGUACUCCAUGAACAUUGACCCCCAGGACAAGAUGAUCACCAAGGAGAAGCUCGAAAAGUACAUCGUCCGCAAGGCUUUCGAUACUUCAGAUGAGCCCGAUGAGCAGCCUUACCUCCCCGAUAACAUCCUCUGGCGACAGAAGGAACAGUUCUCUGAUGGUGUUGGCUACGGAUGGAUCGAUGCCCUCAAGGACACCGCUGAGAAGCAGGUUACCGACGAGAUGAUGAAGAACCCCAAGCCUGAGUGGGGCAACGAUAUCCCUGAUACCAAGGAGGCAUACUGGUACCGAUGCAUGUUUGACGAGCACUUCCCCCCUCACUGCGCGUCAACUGUCAUGCGCUGGACUCCCACUUGGUCCAAGCAGUCUGACCCUAGUGGCCGAGCCAUUGCUACCCACAACGCCAAAUACGACAACGCGGCUUAA